UAGAACACCGCCAUGUUUGUGUACGGAAUAAAGCUAGACACGGGUUGUACCAGAAUGCACAAAAUCUCCUGCCUGCAUGACCAUGACUUCAACAUACUGUGUUACACUGGAAGAUGUGCAGGAAGCGGAGAGACGUAUCAGUGGAUUAAUCCAUAAAACACCAAUCCUGACUAGUUCUAGCCUGGAUGCCCUGGCUGGCCGCAAGCUGUUCUUUAAGUGUGAAUUACUGCAGAAGACAGGGUCUUUUAAGAUUCGAGGUGCGCUGAAUGCGGUGCACAAAUUGCCUGCAGACCAACCCAUCGCCGUAGUAACACACAGCAGUGGUAACCAUGGUCAGGCUCUGGCCCUCGCAGCACGUAUGAGAGGUAUUCCUGCACAUGUAGUCGUACCACGAAAUGCUGCAUCAUGCAAGAAAGCUGCCAUCCGUGGAUAUAGUGCCCAAAUUGUUGAAUGUGAACCUACUGAUCAGUCCCGAGCAGAUGUGGCGGCUCAGACUGUAGACAAGACUGGUGGCAUUCUGGUCCAUUCAAACCAGGACCCUGCUGUGAUCGCAGGACAGGGCACCAUAGGAUUGGAAGUGCUACAGCAGGUCCCAGAAGUGCAGGCAGUGGUCAUAGCAGUAGGAGGAGGGGGGAUGUUGGCAGGAAUAGCUGUUGCUGUUAAGGCAAUCAAACCAAACGUGAAGAUAUUUGCAGCAGAACCUCUUAAUGCAGAUGACUGCUAUCGCUCAAAAAUGAACGGAACUCUGACUCCUAACCUCAGCCCUCCAAACACCAUAGCAGAUAGUGUGAAAACUAGCAUCGGCCCUAACACAUGGCCAGUUAUCCGAGACUUGGUGGAUGAUGUGUUUGUAGUCACUGAAGAAGAGAUUAAGGCUGCCACACGGUUGGUAUGGGAAAGAAUGAAGCUGUUGAUUGAACCCACUGCGGGCUUGGGUUUGGCUGCGGUUCUCUCUAGUAGAUUCCAAGAAGCUGCAAGUGAUCUGAAAAACGUAUGUGUUGUGCUGUGUGGAGGAAACAUAGACCUGGGCAGUGCAGACUGGGUAUGGGAGCAGGUUUAGCAGUAAAGGGUGAGGCAGUAACUCGAGUAAAUCAAGAUAAAACACAAUGUUAGUGUAUCACUAUCGGCAUGCUGAAGCCUCAAGAAAUGGAAAAUAGAAGACGAACUGUUAUGUGUUUUCUCCGAAAUUCACGAAUAUAAAGAAGUUGUUUUUCUGAUCUACAAGCAAAUCAAAUAAGGCAGUUCCAUUUGUUUCUAUAUUUUGUAAUUCGCAUGUCACUCUCAACUUUUCAAAUAAAUACAAAUUUCAGACAUGGAACUCA